CACGCAUUCAAGCUUCGACACGGUCCAACGCCUGUGAUUGGACGACAGGCGGCUGCCCGGGACAGCUGUCACAGGCAGCCAAUUGCGUCGCGCGUUGUUGGCCGGUGCGCUGGUUCGCCGGUCGGGUUGCAGGUUGGAAAAAGGGGAAGCAGCUGGCGGAGGCUGCGUCUGCGGUGUGAAGCAAUGAACCCCAGGGACAAUGUCGAGACGGGAGAGACGGAGAACCUCUCGGAGCUGUGCUGUGUGCCCAUACCGACAGAAGUUUCGUACACACAGGAGCAGGACGUGCUGUCGGGAGUCGUCAAAAACGUCCACAGGAAACUGCGCAGGAAAUACAGAGAGGUGGGCGACUUCGACAAGAUCUGGCGCGAGCACUGUGAGGAUGAGCGGACGCUGAGCGAGUACGCCCUGGCCAUGAAGAAUCUCGCAGACAACCACUGGACCAAAAAGUGCGACGGGGAGGGCCGCAUCGAAUGGUGUCGCAGUGUCUCUCAAGAGUAUUUUUUGGAUGGGGGAAUGAAAAGAAUGCUGGAGAAGGAUGAGAAAAGUGCCGCUCUCUCCAUGGGUCCGACUGUAGGAUCUGUAAGUGCCCAAGCAUGCAGCACCAUCCCCAGCUCGAUCUCUCAUCUGGGGAAAAUUCGCCUUCUCGACGUGGGCAGCUGCUUCAACCCUUUCUUGAAGUUUGACGAGUUCCUCACCGUUGGUAUCGACAUAGUGCCUGCAGUGGAGAGCGUCUACAAGUGUGACUUCCUCAACCUCCAGCUCCAGCAGCCCCUCCAGCUGGCGGGCGACGCGGUGGACGCCUUCCUCCGCCAGCUCCACAACCCCAUCGACGCGCUGCCGGCGCAGCUGUUCCACGUGGUGGUCUUCUCCCUUCUGCUGUCCUACUUCCCCUCGCCCUACCAGCGCUGGAUCUGCUGCAAGAAGGCCCACGAGCUGCUGGAGCUGCACGGCCUGCUGCUCAUCAUCACGCCCGACUCCUCCCACCAGAACCGCCACGCGCUGAUGAUGCGCAGCUGGCGGGUGGCGGUGGAGUCGCUGGGCUUCAAGCGCUACAAGUACGUCAAGUACUCCCACAUGCACCUCAUCGCCUUCCGCAAGGUGUCCCUGGCCACCAGCAGCGACCUGGUGUCGCGCAACUACCCCGAGAUGCUCUACAUCCCUCAGGACUUCAACUCCAACGAGGAGGAGGACGGCGCCGACCUGCAGGCCCAGGCGCGCUCCGACUUGGAGGACGACCAGCUGGCCUGGGGCUUCGGCGAGCUGCCCGACACCCCGUACGACUCCGACUCCGGGGAGAGCCAGAGCAGCUCCGUCCCGGGCUUCCAAGAGCUGGAGGAUCCCAUUCUGCUCCAGAGUUAA